CCCGGAUCUGGAUGCCCCAAGGGAUUAUUCUACCAACAGUGUUUUGCAGUGCGCAAACAGGCUUAUCCACACAGCUAUUCCACACCCAACCCCAAUUGACAUUUAGGUGUUGUCAUAGUGAAAUGGGUUUGUGGUGCUUGGACUCUAGUGUCUUUACAUCAGGAGGAAUACAGGCUGAAUGUGAGUGAAUCAGUUUGGAUCUAUGCAUUAAUCUUCUUUUAAACAUGAGAGAGAAAAACAGACACUGUGUGACUUUGUUUAAGUACGCGUAGCGUAUGUGUUGUCGAUACACAAUAUAGGAAGCUGACUGUUGUGAAAUUACUAGUCUAAGAUUUAUCAUGACAUUUCCUGUCCUACAUUCAAUUGUUACAGGUUAUCAUCUUUUUUGUUUUGUGUUAGUAAAUAGAAUUUUGUGUCAUUUUCAUAUGUGGUCUGAUUCAGUGGCACAGGAGCGAAAACAUUAGAUCUGCCAGGAUGUAAACUUGCUUUUGCAGUAGCUCCACUGGACCUUGGAUCUUGAGAUUGUUGCUCCACAUAAGUCCAGUGUGUUGAGGCCAAAUCUAUAAACAGUAUCAGGCGGAAAUAAUAAUGUGUAUAAGGCCAUAAAUCUUCAUUCAUUUGACAUCUCUGUGCUGCAAAUAUUAGAUUUGCAGGGGAGUGUGAAUCUAAUAUCUGUAUGCCUUCCUUACUAUAGCUUCAGUUCUUCCAACUGUGCAGAGUACUCAUCACAUACAAUUUAGAAGCAUUUGUAGGUGAGGGAUCAUAGAUUUUUCCUACUGGUUAGACAAGACACCUGUGCAGACAGUGAUGCUGCAGAUGGUUGAUUUCUGGUGUAUAUUUCAAAGUGCAUUAUGAGGUCCUUUUUAGUUUGUUGCUUUCAAGUAUAAAGAAGUGGCUGCUGACUCCAUAAAUAUCUCUUGGGGUUCUUCAACAAGCUGUUUUUGGUAUUAUGGAGCUGAGUAUUCUGCAGCUGAGAUCUGUUUCAGAAAAUUAAACCACUGCUUCUGUCAGCUGUUAUGCACAAAGUCACCUAUGUGUUUAAUUACCCUUGGCCUAGAUUACAGCAACUCUCUUUACUCCUGCCUUAUUUCAGAGUUUGACACCAGACAGAUCUCUUAAGGCACCAUCUGGAUAUCUGCAGUUGUGACAGAGUUCACAUCAGUUCAGUACAAGCCUCAAGGAGCUUCAGUUUUGGGGGUAGAUUUGCCUCUUUAUGACCUGAAUUCACAUCCUAAGCACCAGAGAGCCAGUAGGGACUUAAAUUUGUCAAAAUCUGAGACCACUAACUACUUCUAUUUUGUAUUUAUUUCAAAUAUAAUACAUUUUUCAUUUAUAUUUGAAAAGUCAGUUUAACAGUUUAAGUUAGUGGUAACAUCUCUGAGAAAUGUCUAUGAAUUCAAGAAUGGCGUGCUAUUUGUUUGCCCCCUUUUUGCUUUAAUGACAGCAGCUUUCAAGCUGCAUGGAUUUAUGCACAAAAAAAAGAACAUAAUAAAUGGCUUCAAAUGCCUCUAAAAUGCAAUGAGAAUAAACAAAUACAGAACAUAAUAGAUCCUGGAUAUGCUGUAAAUGGGAAAUGUACAGAAUAUGCAUUUGUUCAUGAUGAGUUAACUUGGAAGGAAACACAUCUUCUAAAAUAAAAAAGAGGUGACCAAGUGUUCCUGGACAGAUGAUAGUCCAUUUCUCACCGUCUACACACAUACAACCAACUGUCAUUCUAAACCUGUUAUUUCAUGUAACCCCAGAACGCUGUGGCUAUGUGCCAUAGAGCUUCUUUUCAUGUCAGAAAUGUUUGCCUUUCUUGGAGAAAAGUUGAUGACAAGUGGAAGUCUUUAGCCUCCUUUGGUCUUUUGAGUUUCAGGGGGUGUUUGGACUCAUGCUGCUGCAGUGUGAAUCGUUCUCCACAAACAUGAAAUCCAGAGGGUGGAGCAUGUCUCUGAAGAAUGCAGUAGCUGAUACACUCUGGUAUCAUUUUCUCCUCUCCAUGCACCCUUCAGCUAUUGCCACAAAUUUCUAAGAAGGAUUUGCCAAUAAAUGGGACUUUGUCCCUUUAUCCACACUGAAAUGCUCAUACAUCACAGCAUUUAGAAGUGGUUUAGAAGCCACUACUGGUCUUCUUGAACCACAACGUCUUCUUUUGACUGACCUUUUACUGAUUGUGUCUGUGAUUAAGUGGCUUUUUUUAUCCCUCAGUGAAGAAAACGAUGUAUAAUUUGUCUGACUGUGUGGUCACUAUUUUGUUGUUUUUUUACUGUUACAUCAAAACAACAUUAACCCUCUUGCAAAAAACGAACGAACAAAUAAACAAGCAAAUAAAUAAAUACAUAAAUAAAUGAAUCAAUGAAAAAAAAAAAAAAAAAGAAAGGACCCCAUUUGUCAGUGGUCGUUAAAGUCAGUCAUAGCCCAUAAGUGGAUAGUGUAAUAGUUGGUCUGCACAGCACAAUGUAAGUACCAGUCCAACAAAGAGGCUUCAGAGUGGGAUGGAAGGGAAAGUUGUCUUCUUAAUGAAUUGAAGAAAUGAGCCCCACAUCUUAAGGAAUUUAUUGUCUGAUUGUGUGGUCACUUUUGGUCUGUUUCCACAGUGUUUUUGAGUACCAUGCACUGCCCUUAGAAACCUUCACUCAGCUAUGAUUUUAAAUGCCCCUGUUUGCGCAGAAGAACAGUCUGACUUAUGACACUUUGUCUUAGUUUUGAUUCCAUGUUUCCCGCUACCAAAAGGUUAUCAUGUACACACUGUAUAACCACCACUAAAAUCUGACCUUUUUAUACAAAGAAGUCAACAUGAUCAGUACCAUUAAUCUGUUUCAGGUUGAUUGCUAACCUUGAAAUACUGCAGAAUCUUAUUAUUUCUUCAUAUUAAAUGUGAUUUAAAAUUUUUGUGUGUUUCCAAAUCCUCAAGCUUUUAAAUUAUUACCAGGUUUACAUAACAAUAUGACAGAUUUUCCACUGUGUUUAAAAUCACACUCCUGCCAACCUACAUAAUGUGACAGCUGGUAUCUAAAGUGCAGAGUGUAAUCUUUUGUCACUGAUGUAUGACUCAUAUCCUUCUGUUUGGGUUGUGAAACUGAAUCCAUCAACAAAUAUAAAAAACAUACUUGUUGCUCUCUGACAGAAAAGCAGCUGUUAACGCCUCCUCCCACUGACUCAACUUUAACUGUUGCAUGUCCUGCCUUUGGACUAGUCUUUGUGCCUGUAGUGCAGAAUGGAAUCUGGUGGCCACUCUUCAUACCAAGAAUAGGAGGCCAGACGUUACCAUCAUAGUGUGAGAAUGUCCCAGCUGUUGACUUGAUAUGGUUAGGAACCACAGCCAAACACCAAGCAAGGCCUGCUUCUUAUCAUCUGUUUGGAUGGAGUGUGACAGCUCUGGAGGUGGUUUCCCACACCUUCUUUCAAACAGAAAACACUGUUAGAUGAGUUGCAUCUUGGUGUUGGAAUGCAAGCAAAAAACAAAAAGUCUAGAAGAUAAAAUAGAGCCUGUGUUUUAUUUGAUCACGUGCUGAUAUUCACUGUAUUUCCAGUAAACUGUAAUUUGAUCUGCAGCAAUUAGUCAUUGAUCUUAGUUCAUCAUCAUGUGUUACUCUACACCUGACAUGGUAUCAUCUGUAUAUACACUGGGGAUACUGCUACUGUUUGGACCGGACUAGAGGACCGAAGAGGUGCAAGUGAGAAACUGAUAUCAAAUUAAAAUGGCAAAGGCAUGCACAGCCAUCUGUAAUUCCAUCUAUAUUUUUAGAAUAAAUAUUCAGACUAACGGAGGAGGUUUUAUGAAGAUUUCUUGCACAGUGGGGCUACCUUGUGGAAGUUAAUUUACUCGGUACUUGGAUGCAAAUAUUUUAGAUUUUUACAUUUUUUUUUUGAGCAGAUGUUUUUAUUGCAUAGUGGAAUUCUAAUUUUUAAAACUCAGCUUUUAAAAAGGAAAACAAAAAUCUUAUGUGACGGUGUGUGUAUUGCUUGCUCACAAUAAAUCACUGAUUGGUUUACCCGUUGAUCAGUAGCAGUUGACUUGAUGACUUCUUAGUUAUCAAAUUAAAUUGUAAAAAUCAAACCAAUUUACUGUAGAACCCAUCUACAAGGUCAGUUACUUGUCUGGCCAAUGCAGGAGAAUGCUCACUAAUGUGGUCAGAGGUUAGUCAACAAGUGACUUUAUUUUAUAAUUGUAUUUAUUGACAGUACAUUAACUGUAAAUAGUUUUGUUGACACAGAAACCUGAAAUUCAGUCUGUCACAGCAUUAAAUAAUCUUCUAAUGUAAGACUGCACCCAUGCAGCAGAAUGUAAGGUAAUGUUGCAGAGGGGUGAGGGGAUGAUUUAAUGUAGGUUUGGAUGAGUAGUGGGGGAUGGUGGUAAUGAAGCCUCUCCACGUGUCCCCUGGGUGGGUCACUGCACAGCACAAGUCCUGCUCCAUCAGCCUGAUGUCAGACAGCUCCUUACAAUUUAUCUGUUUGCUCCACUCUGCCUGCCUUUAGUGCUUUCUUAAAGUGACCUCAGCUCGCGGGUGAGGAGGCUGCUCUCAUGCAUACUGUAGGCUGCCCUCCUUUUUUUAGGUGGAAUACGGUAAUGCUCUCUGCAGUCACUCACCACAGCCAGUGAAGCGGCUUUUUCAGUCCUGCCUCAGAUGUAGUCGGACCAGUCUGGGAGGAGGUGCGUGUGGAGGUGGUGCGUCCACCUGGACCACUGUUUGUCCUGGAGUACUGAGUCUCCAUAGCCACUGGGGGGGACUCCGGCACCAAGCCUCAGGCUGAGGCUGGACCAUGGGCUGUUCUGGCAGCAAAGCAUGCCGUAGUGCUCCCUGCGCUGCAGAGAGGCGUGAUGAAGCCUCGAGGCAGUGCAGGGAACUGUCCCAGGAGCUGGUCAACCUUCGAGGAGAGCUGGUCUGCUCUGUCCAUUCAUCUGAGCGUCUGGAGAAGGAGAAGGAGGACCUGCGUGUUUCUCUGGAGGAUGCACUGCAGAAUCUCCAAGAGCAGCACCAGCAGGACCUGGCUGAGCUGGAGAAGAGGCUGCAGGCCUUCUACCAGGCUGAGUGGGAUAAAGUUCAUCUCACCUACCAGGAGGAAGCUGACAAAUGCAAGACUCUCAUGCAACAGCAGAUGGAAGAGCUUAAAGCCAACCAUGAAGCCAUGAAGCUGGAACUAGAGAACAGCCACGUAGAACAGCUGCAAUGUGUUAAACAGCAGUAUGAAAUGUCACUGGAAGAGCUCAGGAAAGUUCACAAUCAGGAGCUGCAGUCUCUUGACAAAACCCUAAAAGAUGCUGAAGCGGCUCUAUCUGGACAGAUUCAAGAGCUGACUGUGGAGAAUAAUGCUCUAAUUGAGAAGCUAACUGCAGAGGAGAACAGGAGGAAAGACCUGGCCGACAAGACUCAGAAGGACUCUCACACCCUUUAUCUGGAGCAGGAGCUAGAAAGUCUCAAAGUGGUGCUGGAUAUCAAAAACAAGCAGCUCCACCAACAGGAGAAGAAGCUGAUGGAGAUUGACAAACUGACAGAGAAAAAUGUGAAGUUGGACGAGAGCCUUAAAAAAGUCCAGCAGGAGAAUGAAGACUUUAAAGCCCGCAUGGAGAGACAUGCUGCUCUGUCGAGGCAGCUGUCUACAGAGCAGGCCAUGCUGCAGGAGUCCCUUCAGAAGGAGUCCAAGGUGAACAAGCGUCUGUCCAUGGAGAACGAGGAGCUGCUGUGGAAGCUCCAUAACGGAGACCUGAGCAGCCCACGCAAGGUGUCACCCACCUCCCCCUCCCCCUCCCACUCCUUCAGCCUCCAAUCCCCUCGCAGCUCCGGCCUCUUCUCCAGCCCUCCAGUCUCACCCAGAUAACAAUGGACCCCUGCUUCCAGGAAGCAGAGCCUCAUGUUUGAGUUAUCCCCUCUGGAAUUAAGAGCCAUGUUUGUUUCCUGCUCAGUUUAGCCAAACAACAAUCUGACCUUGGCUCCUUGAGGAUCGGAUGAACUCUGACACUUUCUGUACAGAGAUGCUACAGGGUGUAAAAGGAAAAAAAACAAAAAAAAGAAGAAAAUGUUGCACAGAAGCACUUAUUAAGCAAGGCCACCUUGUUCUUUGCCUUUCACAUCUGAUACUGUGGAUGAGGAAAAAGGAAAUCUCAGGACUUCUAUGUAAUCAAACACUACUUUUAUUUGUAGAUGUAUUCAGUGGCUUGUCUUUCCUGAAGCUCAGCACACGCACACAAACAGUACAUGCAGUUUUAAAACAAAGACACACACGUACAGAUUUGGCCUUGCAGAGUGAGAGAAAGCUUUGGUUUUUUGUCCCUGGAGACCAAAGCCAUGGAAAGUCUGAGUUCAAAAUAUUUCAGGGUGGAUCUUUAUUACAGAUAUCAAAGGAAUCUGGGAUUGCUUCUGUUGGAUUCCUGCACCAUUUCUCACAGCUAACUACAAACAGUCAGAAUCUAAAUACUACUAACAUCCCACUGCUAGUCGGUACGUCAGGGCUGACUGUCUAAAGGAGGAAUGUUCACUUUCAGGCUGUUUUCGUGCUCACAACACUCGUGGUGAUGUUCAGAAUUUUCCUGCUAUUUUUUUAAGGGUGGAUUUUUUUAAGGAUCAUCUGUGGCCUCUAACAUUUCUGUCUUCAUGUUUAUUUGUGUGACCAAGGGACCAAUCCACGUAUUUGUGCAUGUGUUUGAGUCUUGUCAAUCACCCCUUACCGAAGCCUCCCAAUGCAGCUUUAAAGUCAGGGUCUUUGCAGAGAGAAGCAGCUUCACUUGUACAUGUCAGAGGCAAUGUAUCUUGGAAAUGUUUCAGAGAGUAUUUUGUGUGGAAUUAAUAUUAUAGGUGUGUUGACCCUGUUUGAAAUAUGCAAUUAAUAAAGUCUUGUAUUAAACCUG